CAGCACUGAACCUCAGCAACUGUCAUGGCGUCUUCCUUGAAGGGGGUUUGGUACUGGAGAAAGUAGCUGCUGUCACUUACCAGUUUCUCCGUACUAAAGCGCAGCUGACGUGGACUGAAGAGUUUUGGGGCGCCGGUAGUUAAAAUGGGGACCGUCCAUGCUAAGAGUCUGGAUCCACUCCCAAUGCAUGGCCGGGACUUGGAUGUCCACCCUGAAGAUUUCAUGGAGACUCCAGACCAAGGGCAAGACUCCAAACAGGAGAUCCUUGAAAACAAAGAUGUGGUUGUCCAGCAUGUGAACAUCCAGGGUCUGGGGAGAACCAAAGAGGAUCUGCUUGGCUAUGAGAUCUCUGAUGUUUUCCAUGCCAAAAAUCUCAUUGAUGUGAUGAAAAGAGCUCAUGUCGCUAGGCAGAGGCUGCUCCGCCUGGGAAUCUUCAAGGACGUCGAGGUUCUGAUCGACACAUCUGAAGGUACAGACGCUCUGCCCAAUGGCCUGGAUGUAACCUUUGAGGUGACAGAGGUCAAGAGGCUGACAGGGAGCUACAAUACCAUGGUUGGCAACAAUGAAGGAAGCAUGGUUCUGGGUUUGAAGCUGCCCAACAUGUUGGGGCGAGCUGAGAAACUCACCUUCCAGUUCUCCUAUGGGACCAAGGAGACGUCCUAUGGCCUGUCUUUCUUUAAGCCCCAACCCGGACAUUUUGAACGCAACCUCACCCUCAACAUGUACAAAGUGACCGGCCAGUUUCCAUGGAGCUCCUUGAAAGAGACUGACAGAGGCGUGUCUGCAGAACUGAACUUUCCUCUGGGCGUGACCAACCACACGCUGAAGUGGGAGGGUGUAUGGAGGGAGCUGGGCUGCCUGGCACGCAGCGCUUCCUUUGCUGUGCGCGAGGAGAGCGGACACUCACUGAAGUCUGCUCUCUCUCACACUGUGUCAGUUGAUUCAAGGAACUCUGCCAUCUUUCCCAGCAGAGGUGCCUUACUUCGCAUCAACCAGGAGCUGGCUGGAUACACUGGAGGAGACGCCAGCUUCUUGAAGGAGGAUUUUGAGCUGCAGCUCAACAGACGGCUCUUCUGGGAUUCUGUUUUGUCUGCCUCUCUGUGGGGUGGGAUGCUGUGUCCCAUUGGAGCACAGCCGUCCUGCAUAGCUGACAGGUUUUACCUUGGAGGCCCAACUAGUGUACGAGGAUUUGGGAUGUACAGCAUCGGGCCACAGAGUGAAGGUGACUACCUGGGUGGAGAAGCAUACUGGGCAGGGGGUCUGCACCUCUACACUCCUCUACCAUUCAGACCAGGCAAGGGAGGCUUUGGAGACCUUUUUAGAACACAUUUCUUUCUCAACGCAGGAAAUCUCUGCAACCUCAGCUACGGUGGGUGA